AUGCCGCAUUGGCCCAUUGCUGCAUUGGAACGGUCGACGUACCGGCACAUCGGAAUUUGGGAUUUGGGACAGGGGAAAUGCGUUCAAUUCUGGAAAUGGAGAAACCCGUGCAGUGAUGGUUACAAUGCGUUCCAAAUGCCAGUGAUUGACUGCGACAAGCAAAGAAGGGUUGAGGAAGGGGAGAAGAAGAGAGAAAGGAAGAAAGAGGGAGAGGAGAUGAUGCAGUGCAUACGGAAGGCAGAAAGAGAAAUUCAAUCAUCCAAUCCAUCCAAGUCCGACCCUCCAGUUGACCACUGGACACAAGUCUCCAUUCCAGCGGCUUCUAGAGUCCAGAGCGACGAACAGCCAGAGCAAAACAGGCAAGAAAUGCAUCAGACGACUGGCACACAAUGCUGCGCACGAGCACGAGCAAAGCAACAGAAUCCAAAAACAAGUCAAGCGAGGAAAGAAAAAGAUAUAUACGCUAAAGAAAACAAAUACGAAGCAAUAGAUAAAUACGGAAAACAUAAAUACAAAAAACGAGAUACUGAGACCAAGAGGGGAAAAGAGGAGCAGUAG